AUGGAAGUUGACGAGGCGUUGUCUGACUUGGAUUGUGACUCGUCAUUACUUGAUGAAUCGCUUCUAUGUUUGGGAAGUGACGACGAGUUCGAGGAUGAGCGACUACUAGAUGAGGCGUUUUUGAAGAAGUGCGGCCGAAGAGUAAUGGAAGUGUAUUUCAAUGUGAUAAAGGACUAUAAUGAAAGGCUCAAGAAAGAGGAAGCGCCCAACUUUCUUAGAGUUAUCAAGAAACUUCCAAUCCGUCGUUAUCACACAUAUGAUGACUCUACGCCUGGAGAGCUAUAUCUUGAGCCAGAUGACAUGAGCGAAUUCAUCACACAUUUCAAGAUUACUGACUGCCGAAAUAUGAACGCGCAGCGGUGUGGUGUUCGUUUUCUGCCAGCGCUCGAGCUUCGUCCAAGAACGGCAUAUUGGGUGCAUACAGAGUGCAACAUCAGAGCAGAUGAAGAGCACAGACUUUCACACAUUCCAUUUGUCAGCGAAGAUCAUGACGACAAGCAGUUUUGUGCUGAGCUGAGAAAGUUAUAUGACGAGGUUGUGUAA